AUGAUUGAUUCCUUUACCGAGUAUAGCAUUUUAGAUUGUGUGGAAGAAUGCUUAAGAACCACGCGCUGUAAAUCUUUAAGUUAUUACCAAGGGGCAAAUUACUGUGAAAUCAGUUAUGAAAAUGAAGCUACUGCCCAAGAAAGAUACAAAGAAGACAAGGGGUGGAUCUUUAGCAAAAGAGAAGACUGGGACCCGAAAAUGACAGAAGCUUGUUCGAUGGCAAAGUGCAAAGAAAAUGAAAAAUGCAUCCCCAAAUCCCUUGGAAAUUAUAAAUGUAUAUAUUCAGACUGUGGAAUGCCUCCGGUUGUACAAGGCGUUGACUCGAAUAGUUUGGAAAGAUGGGACGCAAUAGGAAUCUACCGACAGAUACAUCUACAGUGUCACAAAUAUAUCUUCAAGAAAAAGGGAUCAGGAAUGCUUGGAUGUUCUUCAAAUGGUCAAUGGACAAUAAAUCUGACUUGUGAGUUUCAAGAGGUAUGGGUACCCUUUGAAGGCAAGUUGUAUAUGGUUCGCUCCGAAAAACGUACAUGGCAUGAUGCUAAGGAGGACUGUGAAAGACUGGGAUCAACUUUGACAGAGAUAGAAUCAGGAAAAGAGAAUGACUGGAUAACAGAAAUAUUAUUGAAGCCUUUACUGUAA